UUCCUGUGUUUUUUCUUCUUCACGGCUAUAUCAUUAAGCUAACUCCCCGAUGCUAGCUCAACGACGAAAGUACUCUGUUUACGACGCAAUUAUUAUGUAAAUACUUUUUCGUAAAUAUAAUAUCGUUAGUGUUUAAUUACAUACAGCUACAGUGCAGGUCCUCGAGUUUCAAGAGUGUUAUAAUGGACCGUGUUUUGUGGAUGUAACUUUCCGACUAUUAUAAAACAUAAACAUUAAUUUAUCUCUCAGUUUGUUUACGUACAUGGCUCAACGCAGUGACGACUGAAAUGCAAUAAUGACGGCAGUUCUUAUAGGAGACCAGUUAAUCCUUGAGGAAGACUAUGAUGAGAACUAUAUACCUUCGGAAAAAGAGAUCCAUGAGUAUGCCAGAGAGAUUGGCAUUGAUCCAGACCAUGAAACAGAACUCUUAUGGCUAGCCAGGGAGGGCAUAGUUGCCCCCUUGCCUCCUGAAUGGAAACCUUGCCAAGAUUUGACAGGUGAAAUCUACUAUUUUAACUUCUCCACGGGGCAGUCCACAUGGGAUCACCCGUGUGAUGAACAUUACCGUCGCCUGGUUAUCCAGGAAAGGGACAUUGUCCACCACACAGCUGCUGCAAAGAGCUCAGAGGCAAAGAAGGAUGAGAAGAAUAAAAAAGAAAAAAAGGCAAAGAAGGGGACAAGAAAGAAAAAGGAGGCCGUACAGACCACUAAAACAUUGCCUUCAGCCGUUGGAAUUUCACCUUCUACCGUGGUUAACCUGGCACCUCUGCGAGGCACAAAUGCCUCUGGAUUUGGAAAUUCCACCCUUCCUUUAGGGUCCAAAAGAAGCCUUGAGAGGUUGGAAACCAUCAAGUCGUUCAUAGUGGUUAGUGAGACCAGUGACAGGGCUUCACUGAAGAGGUUGGAACCAGAGCUGCAGGGCUCAGCUCUGUCUGCAGAUAACAGCCCAGAACCACUAUCCCAACAGUCUCCUUAUGACCAGAAACACGUGGAGGAGCCCUCAUCCUCAGUGGAUAUUAAGCUGUCAGAGAGGGACUUGGACAUUAACAGUCUUUCUGCUGCUGGUUUGCUGGAUAAAUAUGGCAGAGUGGAGACUGGAGAAGUGGCAGAGAAUACUGCCAACAGGUUUUUCCUUACUGAAGACAAAGACCAUGUUGAUGAAGUUGAUCAACCUGUCCACCAACAGUCUGUCUCCCACUCGUCCUCUCUUUCCUGUGCCUCCCUGUCAGACCAACACUUGGAGCUCUGUUCCACAGAAUCUCUGGGAAUUCAAAGGCUCAAAAUCCAAUCUUCUGAUGAAGAUCCUGAAAUCCAGAGAAAAAAGGAUGAGACAGAGAAGGCAGAGAGAGAGGAGUGGAAUCAGACGACUGAAGUGACAGAAGAUGACAAAAAAAACGAAAAGGUCAAACUGCAGGUGGAAGAUGAAAGAAGGCUGUUGAUAUUAGACAAGACAAAGACUUUGUGUCACGUCCAAAAUGAUCUGGAGAACGAUGAAGAGGAACCAGAGAGAAAACUCAGUUUGGAAAGGGAAGAAGAAUUAAGUGCUCUUCAAGAGCAUCUACAGUCUACAAGUAGAGAUGAGGAGGUCUGUUACGCUGAGGAGUAUGACACAUCGCUCAAGAAGCUCCGAGAAUCUGUCCAUGAGGAUGGAGGGAUCCAGACACAAGGGCUCAGGUUUAUGCUUACUGAAGACAAAGACCAUGCUGAUGAAGUUGACCAACCUGUCCACCAACAGUCUGUCUCCCACUCGUCCUCUCUUUCCUGUGCCUCCCUGUCAGACCAACACUUGGAGCUCUGUUCCACAGAAUCUCUGGGAAUUCAAAGGAUCAAACCAGUGAAAGAACGUCUGAUCCAAUCUUCUGAUGAAGAUCCUGAAAUCCAGAGAAAAAAGGAUGAGACAGAGAAGGCAGAGAGAGAGGAGUGGAAUCAGACGACUGAAGUGACAGAAGAUGACAAAAAAAACGAAAAGGUCAAACUGCAGGUGGAAGAUGAAAGAAGGCUGUUGAUAUUAGACAAGACAAAGACUUUGUGUCACGUCCAAAAUGAUCAGAAGAACGAUGAAGAGGAACCAGAGAGAAAACUCAGUGUGACAAUUGAAGGAAGAUUAAGGGAGAAGAGUGAUGUCAUUCCAAAAGAGUUAAGAAUCCCCCUAAAGAAUGAAAAGUCUUCAGAAUGUAACAGACAUUAUAGUCAAAAGUUGCAGAAUAUUGAACGUCUAAAGACAAAGAUGGAAGAAAAACUACAGGUUGAAAGGAGGCGACGACUUGAAAAACAGAGAGGGAAACUGAAUUUUCUGAACCUGAAGGAGACUACAUCACAGCCUGAACAACAUCUCGCAGACUAUCAAAGAAAGCUUGCUGAUGUGCUUCAAGAAGUUCGGGAGGAAGUGCAAUGUGAUCAUGAGAAACAACUAGAGCAACUUAGAAAGGAUCACAGGAAGGAGUUGGACAAAAUCAGACAUAAGUACCUGGAAGAGGAGGCUGCACAGAGGGAGAUCUUGCUGUCUAAGCUGCAGGAAGACAAAGCAUGUCUCCAGGCCUACUAUGCCGUUCAGCUUGAGAGCUUCAAGCUGCAUCUGAACAAGUUAAUUCAAAACUCCCAGUUUACACACUUGCGCAAGGAAUCUGAACUACAGACUAAGACAGACAUGUUGAAUCCAAAAGAAGAAGAACUGGAAACACACAAGAGCAAGCUCCAGACCAAGGCUUUACUACAGCUGAUGAAGGAGAGAGAUGAGCUGAAGAUGGAGCUCAAAAGGAUAAGAAAGGAGAAACCUCCCACACAUCACCUUCAGAGUGACCAGGAGACGGACUCGAGGACCAAGACUGAGAACCAGCUUAGGGACAAGAGGGACAAAGCCAGUGACAGGACCAGGAGAGCAGUAGAGGCCCAAGAUGAACUGGAGAGCAAAAUCAAGUUGUUGGAGGAGACAUGUGACUGCCUGAGUCAAAGAGUCAGUGAGUUGGAAGUUGGAAGUUCUCACCAAAGAGAAGAACCUAAAGAGGACAAAGAGAAGAAAGAAAGAGCACCAGUGCCCCCCAGUGACCAAAGAGACCCAGCACUUAAUGUAGAAGAUUUAGACAACUCCCCAGUACAUGACUGCCAGGAAGGCCAGGAUGGGUUCAGACAGUUCAUUUCUGCACAGGCCACCUCUAUUCAGGAAACAAAAAGGUUGCUGCAGCGGGGGGUCCAUCAGCUGACACAGAGACAGGCAGCCCGGCCAGAAGUUCUUUUGACCAGGUCCUCUGAUGACAUCAUUUGUGAAAGUGGUGUGACUGAUGAAGUACUUAAAAACCUCCUACAGGAGGCCAGAAAUAUAGUCGACCUGGAGCAGACAGUCGAAGAUGGUACCACUCUUCUGCCACAGACAGAAACGUUACUUCAGUUCAUGAAGAGCUCUGUGGCCAAUGAGGUUGAGGAUCUGUCUCGGCAUCUAGAAAAAGGAAGUGUGAUGUUCAGUGAUCCUGAAUCAGAUUCCAGCAACACCUCUGGCCCAGGAAGUCAUCCAGCAGUCCCAGCCAAAGUUGAGGAGCUAGCCAAGUCCUUAAAGAAGAUCUCGUGUCAGCUCAACACUGUUCUGGGUGCUCUGGGCUCAGUGGCUGAGAGGCAACAAAAUACCACUCAGAUUUACCCAACCAUGUUUUUGUCCCAGCCUCAGCAUCAGUCUCAGCAUCAGCCUCAGCCUCAGCAUCAGCAUCACUCCGUGUCUUUCUCUAACCCAGUCAUUCCACAGUUGAACACUUUUUUGUCCAGCCCCUCUGCCACUGCUGCCCGUCCUAGGUCCGUGGAUUCCUGGUUGUUUCAGACUAAGGAAAUCGACACAGCUCUGUUGAACCCCCACUGUGUACUGAGGUCCUCUGAAGAUGUCAUCAGCAAAAGAUGGAGCCAGGUUUUUCCUGGAACAGUGACACACUCAGACGUAUCCAGCUCAACUCAGUCCAGAUCUAACUACUUACACACUUCUCUAAGUUCCAGCCAAAACCCGUGGUUCGUGGCCCAGCCAUUAAACAAAGCCAGUCGGAAAAUGAAGAGGUCAGGCAGCAGCAGCUGGAGCCUAGAAAAGCACAAGGGAGUCACCAUCAGACCUCAGUUAACUCAUCACACUUCGUCCUCCAGGAGCAGCUUGGUCCAGCUGGGCCUGGACAAUAACAAUGAGAUUAAAGUCUAUCAUUCCAGUGGGCACACAGUCAAGUGAAGUUUCUCAGCCGUGGUCUGUGGGGAAUAUUAUUUAUUAGUUGGCCAUUCCCUGCUCUUUAUAUGAGGGUCUGUUUUAGAUGUAACACAUCCAUCCUGUCCAUCUCAGGGAGGAGAGAAGUCAGACUGACAGGUUUCUGACCCUCUCCGCAGACUUUCAACAGCUCUCAUAGCUGCUCUCACUGGUGAAUGACAUUGGAUCCAGCCUCCUUGCCCAGUCUUUCUUGCACAAAAGCCCUUGCCAGCAGGAAGUUUGGUCUCCAUUUGGAAUACCUUUUCCCAAACACACUCUUCCUGAUUUCCUAAAGAUGAUGAACCCCUCCCCUUUAUUGGUUACAAAUUCAUGUCUUACUUCGUGGUUAGACAGGGUUACUGUCCCAAGUUUACUGGCACUUCUUUCCUGACUGGUGUCGUUGAAUGCUGGAACUCUCCAGAUGAACAUUUGUAUCAAACACCUAGGAACCAUUUUUGUAUCAGCGAAUUGAUUCUCAAUAAAUACAACUUUUUGUCAGC